UUGUGUUCCUUCAUCAUCUUUUUUUUCUAGGGAUCCAAAUCUGGUUCAAGGCCAUCGAGCAGUUCAUGCACUUUGUUAAGAGGCUGAAAACUGAAGACAAGAAAGAAGACAGCCAGGGCAUCAUUAGAGAGGCACUGGCAGGCAUGCCGGUGUUUGACGAACUCUCUGACAGCACAGAGGUUGUGGAGAUGGAGGAUGUGACUUCAACCCACUUUCAGGUGCAAAAGCACACGUGGGUUGGUCUGCGUAAAAUCAUUCACGACGGACGCAAGAACAUAGGCUUUCUCGUCAACAAGGCGCCAUAUGACUUCGUGUUUGUCCAGAAGGGGGAACCCAACACACAUUCCCAUCGGCUCUAUUACCUCGGUACGCCUUACCGCAAAAGGGAUAACGCCUUACUGUACUCUGACAUUCCCAAGAAGGUACACAAGGAUGUCCUUCUCAUUCUGUCAUGGAAACCUCUGCUGGAUCACUUUCAGGCCAGCCCUCACCCCAACAUUUUCUCAAGAGAGGAGGAGCUGCUGCGAGAGAGGAAGCGCUUAGGGGUGUCAGGCAUCACAUCCUAUGACUACCACCGAUCUACGGGACUUUUUUUGUUCCAGGCCAACAGCAGUCUGUACUACUGUGUAGACGGGUCAAAUGAUAAUUUCACGCAAGGUCCACUGGACCCUUGUGAAAUUAAGAGUCAAUGUUCGGGUGCACGCAUGGAUGCCAAAAUCUGCCCAGCUGACUCAAACUUCAUCAGCUUUGUCCACAAAAAUGACAUAUGGCUGACCAGCAUCAAGACAAGUGAAGAGAAGCGGCUCACCUUCUGCCAUAAAGGCAUUGAUAAACCAAACGAGGAUGCCAAAACCGCUGGUGUAGCCUCUUUUGUCAUUCAAGAAGAAUUUGAUCGUUUCACUGGAUAUUGGUGGUGUCCAGCUGCACAAAAUGAAUCAGAUGGUGGAAAAACACUGACGAUUUUGUAUGAGGAAGUGGAUGAGUCGGAGGUUGACAUCAUUCACGUCCCAUCUCCAGCUCUGGAAGAAUGUAGCACUGACGUGUACAGAUAUCCACGCGCAGGCAGCAAGAAUCCAGUUAUUACCCUGAAAUUAGCUGAAAUCAAGAUAGACAGUCUUGGCAAUAUUGUCAGCACACAGCUGAAAGAGUUGCUUGUGCCCUUUACGACCUUGUUCCCCAAUGCUGAAUACAUCACCCGAGCUGGAUGGACUAAAGAUGGUCGAUAUGCAUGGGUAACAUUGAUGAACCGACGGCAGCAGCGUCUCCAGUUAGUUCUGUUGCCUUUGUCGCUCUUCAUUCCUGUGGACCAGAAUGACACCACCAGACUGGAGAGCCUGGAGGCUGUUGGGGACACGGCUCAUCCACUCAUCAUUUACCAACAAAGCAGCGACAUAUGGAUAAAUGUCCAUGAUAUCUUCUACCCAUUCAGUCAAAGCAGUGACGACGAGAUCACAUUUAUUACUGUAAACGAGUCCAAAACAGGUUUCUGCCACCUAUACAAGGUCACCACGCUGUUAGAUCGUGGUAGUUACAGCUGGACUGGAGGCUACACACACUCUGAAGAUCAUUUCAAAUGUCCAAUCAAGGAGGAGGUGGCAUUGACGAGUGGAGAGUGGGAGGUGUUGGCCAAUCACGGAUCAAAGCGGUUGUCCAGCCUUCAGAUUUGGGUUGAUGAGACCGAAAAGCUGGUAUACUUCCAGGGAACCAAAGACUCACCCCUGGAGCACCACUUAUAUGUCGUGAGCUAUGAGUCACCGGGAGAAAUUGUGCAACUCACUAAGCCUGGUUUCUCGCACAGCUGCUCUGUGAGCCCCACAUUUGACAUGUUUGUGACCGACCACAGCAGCCUGACCAGCACACCUUGCGUCCAUGUCUACAAGCUGAACAGGACAGACGGCAACCCGCUGCACAAAGAGCCGGAAUUCUGGGCAAGUCUGAUGGAGACUGCAGGUUACCCACCUAAUUACAGUCAUCCUGAGAUUUUUAGCUUCUUGGGGAAGUCUGGCUUUCAGCUUUAUGGUCUCUUGUACAAGCCACACACUUUGCUCCCAGGGAGGAAAUAUCCCACCGUUGUCUUUGUCUAUGGUGGUCCACAGGUCCAGUUGGUAAAUAACUCGUAUAAAGGCUUAAAAUACCAUCUGAUGAGCAGGUUGGCCUCUCUAGGUUACGUCGUGAUCAUCGUUGAUGGACGGGGUUCCUGUCAGCGUGGACUUAAGUUUGAAGGAGCUGUGAAGGACAAAGUGGGUCAGGUGGAGAUUGAAGACCAGGUGGAGGGUUUGCACUAUAUAGCGGACAAGUACAAGUUUGUGGACUUGAAUCGCGUUGCCAUCCACGGCUGGUCCUACGGAGGCUUUCUCUCUCUCAUGGGCCUCAUUCACAGACCUGACAUCUUCAAGGUUGCCAUUGCAGGGGCUCCGGUGACAUUGUGGAUGGCUUAUGACACUGGAUACACAGAGCGGUAUUUGGAUACUCCUGAAAACAAUCCGAAAGGCUACGAGGCUUGCUCAGUUGCACUUCACGUCAACAAGUUCCCUAAUGAACCAAACAGACUGCUGAUCCUGCAUGGAUUUCUUGACGAGAAUGUCCACUUUUUCCACACAAACUUUCUGGUAUCCCAACUCAUCCGGGCAGGGAAACCGUACAGCCUUCAGGUUUAUCCAAACGAACGGCACAGCAUCAAGGGACCAGAGUCUGGAGAACAUUAUGAAAUCACGCUGUUGCACUUCCUUCAGGAGAACCUCUGAUAACCUUUUUUUUUUUUUUUACACACAAAUUAAUUACUCUGCUUCAGCAGGGGGAGCUGCUCUGCAUCUUUUGUGUUUUUAUGCCCAGAAAAGUCUUGAUGUAUGGCGUUGUUUUUAUAUUCACAUUUUUCAACGGUCAACUUGAGUUGUAGUAAACAAUGUGACAUAUACUAGA